CUGGUUGUGGCGUCUCCUCUGUCUCCUGAACCAGACUGACAGUCUGAGCUGCGACUAAAGAUCACUCAGGCGAUGGAGGUGCCGCUUGUUAACUUUGAAAACAUGGAUGACGUCGGCAUCAACCUGGGCGACCCCAGCGACUCCGGAUAUCCGACCUCGCCCCCCUCAGAGGCUCCAGAUCAGAACUUGUUAACCCAUCGACUGGCUUCUCCCCAGCAAUCGCCGCGACGAGGACGGCGCAGCCAUCAGUCUGCUCAGGACGGGCUGUCACCCUCCACUCCUCCAACUCUGACCACCAAGGCCAACUCCAGCAGCGGCAGCUUAAUCUCUAAUCUGAAGCUCCUGAUCAACAGCGAGUCGCCCACUGACAGCGUCUUUAGUAGGAUGCCCCGGGAAUAUUAUGAAAAUGAAGAUCUGUUUGAAAAGAUCUGCAUAGAGGAAAAAGAUGAGAAAGUCAUCAUCAACAUAUCAGGCCUGGUGUUCGAGACCCAGCUCAGCACCCUGAACAAGUUUCCAGAGACGCUGCUCGGUGACCCCAUGAAGAGAAUAAGCUACUUUGACCCAAUGAGAAACGAGUACUUCUUUGACAGAAACCGCCCUUCCUUUGAUGGGAUUCUCUAUUAUUAUCAGUCCGGGGGCCGAAUCCGCAGACCGGCCAAUGUUCCUUUAGACGUUUUUGCGAAUGAAAUCGUUUUCUAUGAGUUGGGUCAUGAAGCAAUGGAGCAAUUUCGUGAGGAUGAAGGUUUCAUCAAAGAGCCAGAGGUCCUUUUGCCUACCAAUGAACUCCAGAGGCAGUUCUGGCUCCUGUUUGAAUACCCCGAGAGCUCCAGUGCAGCCCGAUCUGUCGCUCUGGUUUCUGUGUUCGUCAUCGUCAUUUCCAUCUUCAUCUUCUGCCUAGAGACUCUGCCAGAGUUCAGGGAGGACACUGACUUUCUUCCAGGUUUAACCCAAAUCAUCAACGGCACACAAGAUGGGUCAGCCCCUCAUCCGGCCGCCAAAGACCUGAUGGCGUAUGUCACAGACCCCUUUUUCAUAGUUGAGACUAUAUGCAUCAUCUGGUUCUGCUUCGAAGUCGGCGUCCGAUUUGUGGUUUGCCCCAGCAAAAGUGAUUUCUUCAAUAAUAUCAUGAAUAUCAUUGACAUAGUCUCUAUAAUUCCCUAUUUUGUAACCCUGGGAACAGAGCUAGCCACAACGCCCGAUGAUGACGUGAACUCCAGUCAGAACAUGUCCUUAGCAAUCCUACGAAUCAUCCGACUGGUCAGAGUCUUUCGAAUUUUCAAGCUUUCCCGACACUCCAAAGGCCUUCAGAUUCUGGGACAGACCUUGAAAGCCAGCAUGAGGGAGCUCGGGCUGCUGAUCUUUUUCCUUUUUAUAGGAGUCAUCCUCUUCUCAAGUGCCAUCUACUUUGCAGAAGUGGAUGAGCCACAGACACAGUUUGUCAGCAUCCCCGACGGCUUCUGGUGGGCUGUGGUGACGAUGACCACCGUAGGUUACGGAGACAUGUGCCCCAUCACCAUGGGGGGCAAAAUGGUCGGCACUCUCUGUGCCAUUGCUGGUGUCCUGACCAUUGCCUUGCCCGUCCCCGUCAUCGUCUCCAACUUCAACUAUUUUUACCACCGUGAGACUGAGCAGGAAGAGAAACAGGUGAUGGACGCGGCGGCGGAAGCCGCUCAGAAAAUGUCUGCUGCUAACAAGUACGGGAGCACGCUUUCUCUCAGCAAAAGCAACGGCAACUGGCAGAAUGAGAAAAAUGGCAUGCACUGAU